AUGAACAUUUUUGAACUGGGUGGAUGAACUUGUCUGUUUCGCUGUUUAACUUGGUUUCUUGCAUCACGAUGAGUGCGUACCACUUAAGAAAAUCUGAGGUGGAAUAUGAACUGAAAAUCAGGGGUGUUUCUUCAGAAGGUUCGGCAGGAGAGUUAAGGAAGCGCUUGUCACAUUGUCUAUCUACGAAUGUUCCAGCGGAUGCGGCCGUUGUAAAUAAUUUGGAUGUGGAGACAGAAUUAGAAGAGUGUGAGGCUAAGUUGUCUGACUUGUCAUCUUUGGUUUCUGAUUAUGAUGGAAAUCGCGCGGACAAUGAGUUCCAACGGCUUUCUGCAAGGUUGUGGCAUCUGUACUACCGUGUUGAGAGAAUUCCUGAUACUGCCUCUACUGAUAUUGAACCGGGACAGCGGAAAUCUGAGUUGCUUGUGAAAACAAAGACUUUUAAUGAUUCUUUUAUCAGUACGGCCCCUCAGAACAUUCCUUCUACCUACCAGGACUCAUCAAGAUUAACACAGAAGACUACGAAAUCUGUUGAGACAUCUGAGGUUGGAAAAAUCAUUGCCUCAGCUGAUAUGAAUGUUCGAAAAACACAAUAUCUUCCAUUAGGCCUACUUCCCGAGACAGUGAUAGAUCAAGGCAGGGCUGGGUAUUCAACUGAUCAAGUUCCUUUUCAGGAGUCUCGUGAUGUCAGUAGUAGAUCUCGAAGCAAGUCAGUUCCUGUGUAUAAAUGGGGUGUACAGUUUGACAACUCACCAGGGCAGAGUAUUGGAGCAUUUUUAGAAAGAGUCGAGGAGCUCAGGAGAGCUAGAGGAGUUACACCUCAGGAGUUGUUUAAUUCUGCAGUGGACCUAUUCAGUGGUUCUGCACUGAUUUGGUAUAGAUCAACUCAGUCAAGAAUUUCAUCUUGGGAGGAGCUAUGCAAAGAAAGGCGUAUUGUAUUCCAGGCCCCUGAUUAUGACUUUCAGUUACAACAGGAAAUUUUUACUAGAGUGCAAGGGGAUAACGAGUCUAUAGAUCUGUUUAUUGCUGCCAUGGAAGGUCUGUAUGGUAGGUUGGCUUCCAGUGUUCCAGAACCAACCAGGCUUAAGUUAAUAAUGCACAAUCUACAUCCUCAACUUCAAGACCGUCUGGCCUUAUUUGACAUAAAGUCUUUGGAAGAUCUUCGAUGUUUAGGAAGAAAAGCGGAAGCGGGCCGUUUAAGAUCUCUUCGUAGACCACCUCCACACCAAAAUGUAGCUUUGGAACCAGAUUUAGCGUAUUUUGAGCCUCAUAGGAAACGAUCUCUUCCACUUGUAAAAGUCGCAAGCGCCCAGUUCAGAAAUUCCUCACCCACUUCUUCUGUUUCUUGUUGGAAUUGCGGAGAAUCUGGCCACAGAUUUUCUAAUUGUCGUAAAGAACGUAAACGUUUUUGUUUUGGCUGUGGUGCUCCUGAGAUGUUGAAGACUAACUGUCCCAAGUGUGGGCCAAAAAACGGGCAGCGCAGGGAGUCAAGUGCACCAAAGUAACUGACUCCCUGAACAUUGGUUUUGCUAAUUUCGAGACUAAACAUUCAAAUUUAGACUGCAGGCCUGUAUCCUAUGUACUUGACCGCUCUGUGAGCGACC